AUGAGGAAAUUAGAUGGGAUUCUGGCGUGCGGUGCUCUAUUUCUGGGCCUCCACGCGCUGAUCGCUUCCGCUCGCGAUGUGAUCGACUUGACUCCGGAUAACUGGGAACUAGACGUGGGUCAGGAUUUCUACAUCUUCGUCAAGUUUUACACUCCAUGGUGCGGACACUGCAAGCGACUCGCACCCGAGUGGGAGAGGCUCGCCGCUGCCUUCAGGGCGUCUGUUUACGUUCACAUCGCACAGGUGGACUGCGACGCGCACAAGGAGCUCUGCUCCAAGUUCGGCGUCAGCGGCUAUCCCACGCUCAAAUGGUUCCCUCGCAACUCACUCACACCCGAAACGUACACUGGCGAUCGCGAGGCAGAGAAGCUGCUGGAGUUUGCCAACCAGAAAUCAGGGAGCAGAGCAGCACUGCCGGCAGGGAAGCCGUCAUUGGUGGUGGAGGUGACGCCUGACAACUUCACAGAGAUCGUCAAGGACAAGACAAAGCACGUUCUGCUUGAAUUCUACGCCCCAUGGUGUGGAAUGUGCAAAUCCCUUGCUCCUGAUUACGAGGCACUGGCAGAGACGUUUCAGUAUGAGCCAGACAUUGUGAUCGCCAAGUUUGAUGCUGACAAGUACAAGGGCACCGUUGAGAAGUACAAGAUCAAGGGGUACCCGGAGCUGCGCUGGUAUCCCAAGAACAACAAGAAGGGCGAGCCGUACCAGACGUCGCGCAACUUGCAGCCUCUGAUCGACUUUGUCAACGCCAAGGCCAACACCUUGCGCAAGAAGGGCGGCCUCCUGGAUGACGAUGUGGGGCGGAUCAAGGACCUGGACAAGAUAGCAGUGAAGUACGCCCUGGCAUCUAAGGAGCAGCGGGUGCAGCUGAGGACGCAGAUGAGCAACACCAUCGACUUUCUCAACGCCAAGAAGGACCCCUAUGCGCAGAUAUACAUGAAGAUCAUCGACCACAUUGACAGCAACGAGAGAUACCUGGCAGACGAGUAUGCCAGAGUUGAACGGAUGCUCAAAACGCCGCUCUCACCGGCCAAGGUAGACCAGUUCACGGUGCGCAAGCACAUCCUCACGGCCUUCCUCGAGUUUGACGAGGAGGAGGUGGCCAUCUCCUGA